AUGCUCGACCAGUACAGGAAGAAGGGCGACCAGCCCGACACGUAUCAGGAGUAUGGAUACUCAACGGAAACCCCGCCUUUGGGGCAAUAUGCUCCCUCAGACGACGUCUUUGGAAACGAGGAGGGCGCACAGAUUCACUACCGCACCUUGAGCUGGCCCCUCGUCGCCGUGUUAAUGAUAGCAGAGAUCGUGUCCAAUGGCAUGCUCUCCCUUCCAUCAAGCCUCGCCGUCGUCGGAAUCGUGCCGGGGGUGAUCGUGAUCGUAUUCCUAGGCGUCUUCGCAACAUUCACGAGCUGGCUCCUAAUCCAGUUCAAGCUGCGCCAUCCGCAAGUCCACUCCAUGGGCGACGCAGGCAUGAUCCUCUUCGGCCCAGUGGGCCGCGAGGUCCUCGCCGGGGGGACCAUCAUCUUCGCCGUGUUCGCGACGGGGUCGCAGCUCAUCGCGGGCCAGACGGCGCUGGCCUCGCUGUCGGACAACCGGCUGUGCCUGAUGCUCUAUACGGGCAUCUUCGCCAUCCCGACGCUGGUCUUCUCCCUGCCCCGGACCCUAGACCGCCUGUCAUGGCUCAGCAUCCCCGCCGUCUUAUCCAUCCUGAUCGCCGGCAUUGUCGGGAUGAUCGGAGCAGGGCUGCACCCCGUGGAAGGGAGGACAGUCGAUAUCACAAGGUCGUCUGGCUUCGUGACCGCUUUUGUGUCUAUCACGAACCCCGUCUUCGCGUACGCAGGGCAUUUCAUGUUCUUCAUCCUGGUCUCCGAGAUGAAAGACCCCCGCGGCGCCAUGAAGGCCGCCUACACGCUGCAGGGUUUCGCAACCGGUUUCUACGUCGUCUUUUCCGUGGUCACCUACUACUACAUCGGGUCCGAGGUGGCCAGCCCGUCCUUUUCGUCGCUGCCGACAGUCUGGGCGAAGGCCGCUUAUGGAAUCGCCAUACCGAAUUUCCUGAUCGCUGGUUCGUUGUAUUCACACACUGCGGCCAAGCUGGUGUUCGUCAGGAUGUUCAGGCGCUCUAGACAUCUGCACCAGCACUCGGUGCUCGGGUGGGCGUGGUGGGUGGUUCUAAUCCUGCUGGCCAACGGCGCAGCGUUCGUGCUCGCGGUCGGCGUGCCCAUAUUCAACUACCUCAUCGGCAUCGCGGCGAGCUUGUUUGCCUCGUGGUACACAUAUGGCAUCGCUGGGUUCUUCUGGCUCUAUGAUGCUUACCACCUUGGACUGGGGCUGUUCAUCUGCGUAGCCGGAUUGUACGUCACAAUCGAUGGCAUUGUUGUGGCCUAUCGGGAUGGGACCGUUUCCGCUCCCUUUAGCUGUUAG